AUGGCACGCAAAAGGAGAAAUAAGGAAUCUUUGGAUAAUACUAGGGAUAAAACAGCUUUGCAGAAUAAAUCAUUAUCACUUUUUAAUAGAGGAUCAAAAUUAAUAUCAUUUUUAUUUCCACAUAGAGGAUUUGUGCAAUUUUUUUCUAAUAAUGGAGGCUAUUCUAAUGAGAAUAAUGAUGUUGGGAUGGAGUUGAGGCAUACGUUUUCAUUUGAUGUUCCAUUAUCAAUUUCAGGGUUUUCAAAUGUUGGUUUUUAUAGGAAUAUAAAAAAAUUAAAAAAUGAUAAAAAACGGUCAGAUUUUCAGCUAAAAUUUUUAACUCAUAUGUAUAAGAAUGAGCCGCGUAAUGAUGAAGUAUAUCAAUAUGCUCCACUUUUAGAUUCAUCACAUUUAUUUGUUUCUCAAUAUCCAAAAGGAAAACCUUUUCCUCCGAUAAUUGAAGAUGAACCGUCAUAUUAUUACCUUAUUACGACAUAUUUUUCAUAUCUUAUUCUUAUUAUUUUGGGUCAUAUACGUGAUUUUUUUGGUAAAAGAUUCAAAAAACAAAAAUAUUCACAUUUGCGUGCACAUGAUGGAUACGCACCUCUUAAUUCUGACUUUGAUAAUUUUUAUGUUAGGCGACUUAAAAUGCGUAUAAAUGAUUGUUUUAGUAGACCUACUACAGGUGUACCGGGUCGGAUGAUUACAUUAAUUGAACGUGUUAGCUAUGAUUAUAAUAAAACGUUUAAUUUUACUGGAAAUUUGAUUGAGUGCUUAAAUUUUUCUUCAUAUAAUUAUUUGGGCUUCGCACAAAGUAAUGGCCCUUGUGCUGAUUUUGUUGAAGAAGUUAUUAAGAAAUGGAAGUUCAGUAGUUGUGGGGCUAGAUCUGAUGCUGGUACUCUUGAUUUGCAUGUACAAUGUGAAGCAUUGGUUGCUAAAUUUGUUGGGAAGCCUGCAGCAUCGAUAUAUAGUAUGGGAUUUGCUACGAAUGCAACUUUGUUUUCUGCUCUUGUAUCAAAGGGAUGUCUUAUAAUAUCUGAUGAACUUAAUCAUUCAUCUAUUCGCUUUGGUGCUCGUCUUUCUGGUGCAAGUAUUAGAAUGUUUAAACAUAAUAAUAUGGAGGAUUUAGAAAAGUUAUUAAGAGAAUGUAUUUCUCAAGGUCAGCAUCGUACACAUAGACCUUGGAAAAAAAUUCUUGUCAUUGUAGAAGGAUUAUAUUCUAUGGAGGGGACUCUUUGUAAUUUGCCGGGUCUUAUUUCGUUAAAGAAGAAAUAUAAAUUUUAUUUGUAUAUAGAUGAAGCGCACAGCAUUGGAGCUAUUGGGCCUCGUGGACGAGGUGUUUGUGAUUAUUUUUCUAUUGAUCCAUCAGAAGUUGAUAUUUUGAUGGGUACGUUUACUAAGUCUUUUGGUGCUUCUGGAGGGUAUAUUGCAGCUGAUAAGCACAUAAUUGAUAAAUUACGAUUUCUUAAUGCUGGAUCUCUUUUUUCAGAAGCUAUGAGUCCUAUAGUUGUUGGUCAAAUUAUGUCUAGUAUUAAUAUUAUUCUUGAUGAAACUCAAAAUGAAGGGAAAAACCGUUUACAGCGGCUUGCAUUUAAUAGUCGAUAUCUUCGACUUGGGCUUAAACGUUUAGGUUUUAUUGUUUAUGGACAUGAUGAUUCUCCUAUUGUAUUAAUACUCUUGUAUAAUCCUGGAAAAAUGCCGGCCUUCUCUCGUUUAAUGUUGGAGCGAAGAAUUGCUGUUGUUGUUGUAGGUUAUCCAGCAACUUCUCUUGUAGAAUCUCGGGCUCGAUUUUGUGUUUCCGCUGCCCAUAAUAAAGAUGAUUUGGAUAGGCUCUUGACUGCAUGUGAUGAAGUUGGCGAUAUUCUUCAACUUAAAAAUAGCAGUGGAGCUGCUGGAGAAAAUGUGGGUGUAAGACAUUUAGAAUAUCUUCUUAGUGGUGCUUAUAAAGUAUUUCAUCCUCCUCCACGCUGGGCUCUUAAAGAUGUUAUUGAACGAGGCGUAGAUGAUGUUAAGGAUUAA